AUGCUUCACGUCGAAAACAUGUAUUAUACAUUCGACAGAGUUCGAAUCGAUGUAGCUUCAGAUGCCACAACAGCAAGCCACUCGAAUGUGGGCACGAAUUGGAAAACCCUUGGUCCUGUCAUGCCAUAUCCACUAGUGUUGGAAGUCAAGGCCAAGACUGAUUACUUUGAAAAGCGAGAGGGUUUCAAUAUUUUGGGUCUGCUUAUGAACCCUAUGAUUCUCAUGUCUGUUGUCAGUCUAUUGAUGAUUUUUGUCCUUCCCAAAGUAAUGUCGUCGAUAGAUCCUGAAACACUGAAAGAACUAUCCGCCCCGUCUCAGCAACCUAUGGAAUUGGAAGGUGUGAGUGAAAAACUCGCAAACAUGAUGACUGGCAGCAAGCCCAAAGCAUCGUCCUCUUCGUGA